AUGACACCGAUAUUCAAAAGCAGUGAAUUCGUACCAUCUGUAUCGGAUUUCGUUAAUAUACCAUUUUUUCUAAUAAAAUGUUUGGGUGUAAAACUUUUCAAAUGGACACCGGAUGAGUCAAUAACCAAACUACAAACAACACUACUGGGAUUAUUCACGGUUUUUUCGAUUUUCAAUUUUACAAGCAUGUUGCUCUACGUCGUCUACGAAGAUUUGGAAACCUUACUGGAUAUAACUGAGUUUGUUUUAUUUUGGGGAUUCACGCUGAAUGCUCUGAUGAAGGGCGGUACAAUGGUCUGUUUUCGACAUGAAAUCGAGUCUAUACUUAAGGGUUUAAUUGCCAAACAUCCAAAAACGGCGGAAGAGCGUGCGGCUUACCAAUUAGUGCCAUACUUCAGAACAAUUAAUAUAUCCAAUAAAUAUUUGUCAAUAUGGCAUUUAAGUAUAACAUCAAUAUUUGUUGUUCAUCCACUGAUAGCAUCGAUACAUGGUUAUGUAAGCCGUGAGGAUAAAAAUAAAAGUUUUGACUUCACGUUACCUUUCAUGAUGACCUAUUUCUAUGAUAUAAAUCAACCAAUAGCUUAUGCGAUUUCAUAUCUUCUACAAUGUUGUGGGGCAUUCCAUGUGUCACUAUUAUUUUUGAGUGGUGACUUAUUGCUCAUCUCCAUGGUGCACUUGGUUAACAUGCAUUUCGGAUAUUUGAUUUAUAAAAUAGAGAGUUUUCAACCUACCGGUACGGAUGCUGACAUGAAAGUGCUCGGACCUUUGAUGGUAUAUCACAAUGAAAUGUUGAAUUAUGCUGAGCGAAUCGAUAACACUUUCGGCGUGGCCACACUUCUCAACUAUGUCGGAUCAUGCUUGGUACUUUGCCUUAUAGGUCUUCAAAUAGCAAUGGGCUCGGAGGCUGUAAUCGUCAUUAAGUUUAUCGGUUUUCUUGUUUCAACCAUAGUGCAGGUCUUUUUCGUCUCAUAUUUCGGCAAUAACAUGAAAGAUUUGAGCACUGGUAUAAGUGAUGCGUUCUACAAUCAUCCCUGGUACGAUGCCAAUUACAAGUAUAUGCGAAUGCUAGUUCUACCCAUAGCACGUGCUCAGCGUUAUGCGCGCUUGACGGCUUUUAAAUUCUUCGAGAUAUCAAUGGAUAGUUUUAAGUCGCUCUGUACCACAUCAUACCAAUUUUAUACACUAUUGCGGACAAGCAUUGAGGAAGAGGGUGUUUAA